AUGAAUGACGUGAUCGAUGAGGACAAUGUGAAACAAAUGACAAGCAAUGAAACGGAUAAAUCUGAGCACUGGCUGGAGCAAGCGUCAAAGAAAAAUUUGCUCUUCUCGGCGAUCGCUCUCGGCUCGCUGCUAGGCACUUUCCCACUCAUUCACAUUAUGCAACGUUUUGGGACAAGGAUUUCUUUCACUGCUUACGGUCUUCUCUCAACGAUCGCAACGCUUUUACUCCCGCUUUCCGUCGAUUUUGGCGGUUUCUGGGCGGUGGCUUUAAUCCGUGUUUUACAGGGUGCCGCCAUUGCCAUCAAUUACCCUUUAUUAGGCAGCAUUUCUGAGGCGUGGAGUCCGUUAGAUCAAAGCAGUUUCUACAUCGCGAUUCUCUCGUGUCAUUUACAGUUUGCCGCAAUGAUGGCAAUGCCGGUGUCGGGCGUUCUCUGUGAUUCAACGUUAGGCUGGCGAAGUGUCUACUACUUAAUGGGUCUGAUCUCGCUUUUGUUCUUCGUCAUUUACUUCAAAUACUACAAAAAUAACCCGGCCAUGCAUCGAAAAGUCUCCGUCCGUGAACUCUCACAUAUUCAAGCCGGGAAAGAGAUUCGAAAAGAGCGCGAAGCCGUCCCAUACAAAGCAAUUAUGACAACACCGGCGAUUAUUGGGUUCCUCAGCUCCUCAAUCGGCGGAAAUCUCGGUUUUCAAUUGUUCUUCCAAUAUGGGCCAAUAUAUAUGAAUCAAGCAAUGGGCAUGGAAGUGGCUUCAACGGGUUUAGCCACCGCUUUUCCCUAUUUUCUAUCGUUUCUCGUGAAGUUCAUCGCUGGCCCGCUCUCCGAUCGAACAACGUUCAUCGGAGAAACGGCGAAAAUCGUUCUUUUCACCUCGAUCUCCCAGGGGAUCAUGGCCGCCUGUAUUCUGGGAUUGGCUUGGACCGAGCAACUCUCUUGGGCGCAAGUUCUCUACACAAUAGCGAUCGCGGCAAGCGGCUUGAACAUUGUCGGCGUCAUUCGUUGCGCUCAAUUGGUAGCCCGUCAACAUGUUCAUUUCGUAAUGGCUGUCGUCACUUUAACAAACAGUUUCCUCGUUUUGUUGAUUCCCGUUUUUGUCGCCAUCAUUGCGCCAAAUAAUUCAGUGGAAGAGUGGUCUCGCGUCUUUUAUACAGUGACCGCAGUCGUCAUUCUCUCAAAUCUCUAUUUUCUCUUCAAAGCCGACUCAAAGCCGGCCGAAUGGACGAAAGCUGAUUGGGGCAAAGCAAAGGACGCUUUUGCCACAAAGAAACCCCCAAUCAUCACCGUCACACCAGGGAAAACCGAUAAAAUUUAUGCCUAUGGAUUCCACGUUCACAACUGUGUCGUGAGAGAUUCGUUCAACGGGAUCGAGCAUCAAAUCAUUGAUCGACAUGGCUGUUCAACGGAUCUUCAAAUUCUCACUCAUCCACAUUAUGACACUUAUCAUGAUCAAGCUGCGGCUAAACUCUGGGCUUUCAAGGUGGGU